CCACACCUCUCGCAGCGCUCACUCCCUGUCUCCGUUCCCCGGGUCCAAACUUUUGAGGUGGACGGGGCCCCGCCGCCGCGGGAGAGAGGGCGGGCCGGGGCGCGCGGGGCGCGCGGGGCGGAGGCGCUUCAGCACCGCGGCCAGCGCCCGCUGCAGCCCACCCCGCGGGAGCGCGCCGCCACUCCGACUCCCGCUCCGCUCGCUCGCAGAUGCCUGCGGAAUGAUCGCCCCCCAGGGCGGCUGCCGCGGCUGCUGCUCCUGCCGCCGCCUCCCGCGUCUCCUCGCCGCUCUGGCUGGCGGGCGGAAAGUGCAGCCGGCGAGGGGAAGGUCUCCGCAGUGACACUGGAGUGGCCGCGGAAAAGAGAGUGAAGAGGGGGCGCACACACACCCGGAUCAGGAUGCAGGCGACGUCCAACCUACUCAAUCUGCUGCUGCUGUCUCUGCUUGCCGGAUUAGACCCUUCCAAGACUCAGAUCAGCCCCAAGGAAGGAUGGCAGGUGUACAGCUCCGCACAGGACCCCGACGGGCGGUGCAUCUGCACGGUGGUCGCUCCGGAGCAGAACCUGUGUUCCCGGGACGCCAAGAGCCGGCAGCUCCGCCAGCUGCUCGAAAAGGUUCAGAAUAUGUCCCAGUCUAUCGAAGUCUUAAACCUGAGAACUCAGAGAGAUUUCCAAUAUGUGCUAAAAAUGGAAACCCAAAUGAAAGGGCUGAAGGCCAAGUUCCGGCAGAUUGAGGACGAUCGCAAGACACUAAUGACCAAGCAUUUUCAGGAGCUGAAAGAGAAGAUGGACGAGCUGCUGCCCUUGAUCCCCGUGCUGGAGCAGUACAAGACGGACGCGCGGCUCAUCACGCAGUUCAAGGAGGAGAUCCGCAACCUGUCGGCCGUGCUCACCGGCAUCCAGGAGGAGAUCGGCGCCUACGACUACGAGGAGCUGCACCAGCGCGUGCUCAGCCUAGAGACCAGGCUCCGCGACUGCAUGAAGAAGCUGACAUGCGGCAAACUGAUGAAGAUCACGGGCCCGAUCACCAUCAAGACCUCCGGAACCCGCUUCGGGGCCUGGAUGACCGACCCCCUGGCGUCUGAGAAAAACAACAGAGUCUGGUACAUGGACAGCUACACCAACAACAAGAUCGUCCGCGAGUACAAAUCCAUGGCGGACUUCGUCAGCGGGGCAGAGUCCAGGACCUACAACCUGCCCUUCAAGUGGGCGGGCACGAACCACGUGGUCUACAACGGCUCCCUCUACUUCAACAAGUACCAGAGCAACAUCAUCAUCAAGUACAGCUUCGGCCCGGGCAGGGUGCUCGCGCAGCGCAGCCUGGAGUACGCGGGCUUCCAGAAUGUCUACCCCUACACGUGGGGCGGCUUCUCCGACAUCGACCUCAUGGCCGACGAAAUCGGGCUGUGGGCCGUGUACGCCACGAACCAGAACGCCGGCAACAUCGUCAUCGGCCAGCUGAACCAAGACACCCUGGAGGUGACGAAGAGCUGGAACACCGGCUACCCCAAGAGGAGCGCGGGGGAGUCCUUCAUGAUCUGCGGGACGCUCUACGUCACCAACUCGCACUUAACCGGCGCCAAGGUGUACUACUCCUACUCCACCAAAACCUCCACGUACGAGUACACGGACAUCCCCUUCCACAACCAGUACUUCCACAUCUCCAUGCUCGACUACAACGCCAGGGAUAGAGCCCUUUACGCCUGGAACAACGGCCAUCAGGUCCUCUUCAACGUCACCCUCUUCCACAUCAUCAAGACCGAGGAUGACACAUAGGCCCACGUCACUCGGGGUCGUCGAGCUCACCGGUGUCAUUCGUGAUAAACUCUAUAGGACACCUCCUGUUUCUUCCUUUGUUCUAACUUCCCACCAUCUCUCCAAAGCAUUGUUAUGAUCACGUUGGCGUUUCCAACAGCAGCUGAGCCUGCCUCAGUUGACCUGUUGGAGACCCACCUUAAUUCCUGCAUUUACAAGGCCUGUCUCGUCCUUGUCAUGAAAAGCACUAGAAAGGCUUACGUGGCUACAGUCAUAAUUUUGCAAAAGAUUAAUGGUCUGCCUUAUAUUAGAGUCAGAGAUGAAUGGUAGCUUAAAUGCAUGAACGUCUCUUUUUUUUUUACCUCUGUCAUUUUUUUUUUACUGUCUCUAGCUCCACAUUAGGAAACAUUCUUGUAGAAAUCAGAAAAAAAAAGAAAAAAAAAGAAAAAAUACUUUAUUCAUUUCUUUGAAAAGCUAGGGUUUUAUGUCUAUGGGAAAAUAAUAUGAAUCAUUUUGCGGUUCCUCAACCUUCCAAUGCGGUGCUCUUCAGCCAUUUUUAAAUCUCUCGCUCACGUGUUAUUGGCAAUAUGUCUUUCUACCAUUGCAACCACCAUUGUGCAAUUGUGGCUCUUCACUUCUGUGAAACUAAUAUUUUUAAUAAAAGGACACUGAAGUGUAAUCUCCGUAACUAUUGAUGGAUCAACUUUCAAGUGGGGUCAGGAAGGAAGUAUCUUCUCCGCUUACCCCUUUACACAGUAUCUAUUAUAAGCUAAAAAGAAAAUCAAACCAGGUCCCUUACCCAGAGUCUUUCUUUUGCCCCACGUUUUCUGAUGCGCUGACACGGGAUGCGAAACAGAUUCAGCGUUGGGGGGCAGUUCCUCUGUCCACCCACCUGUAGGUGACCCUCAGAGGGGAUCACCAAGUGGCAGCUGAGUCACAAAAAUCAAAUUGGAGUUGACCGUACUUGAUACAACCAAAUGAAGUUUGUUCUUCACAAUUAAAAAUAUUAGUGUUUGGUUACACAACUCGUAAUACUAGUGUAAUUCCUUGUGUCAGGACCAAGGACAGGGAGCACAUGCGAAAAGUCGUAAAGGAAUUUCUGCAACAUCACCUAGAUUGACAGGGUCAGCUCUGGGGCGUUAUUGGCAGGAUCUGUGCAAAAGGAAAUGAUGGGCAGAACCGGGAGUUGUCUGGGCGGCUUCAUGUGCAGAUGACCAAUUGGGAAGGCAACUCCUGGUUUCCCGGAUUCAUUGCGUGUGCAGAAAUAAAUAACGUAACCAAAAAA